UCGAGGAAAAAUGCAUCAACGAAGUAAUACUACUUCAAAAUUUGAAGUCAAAGAGACAAAUACUAUGUCUAAGGACUAUGACCCGGUUACGGGAAAUAAGAGGGUUAAUAAAUAUAUGCUUAUUAAGGAAGUUGGGAGGGGAGUGCACGGGAAAGUCAAAUUGGGAAGGGAUAUGGAAACCGGUGAGCUUGUUGCCAUAAAAAUAGUAGAUCGCACAUCACGAAGACGUCUUGGUCAACGUAAUAACGAACUUUCAAACGAGCAGAAAAUACGGAAAGAAAUAGCUAUCCUGAAAAAAUGUGCACAUCCGCAUGUCGUAAGAUUGAUUGAAGUCAUUGACGAUCCAAUGAGUAAGAAGAUAUAUAUGG